GAUAUCUCCGUUCAAAACUUACAUCUUAAAGAUAAAAUCAAGCUCAUAUAUACAUAAUGAUUUGCUUAUAUAAAUUAUUGACAUAUGGUUCCUUAACAUACGAUUAAAUACGUAAUGUUGUGUCAACUAUAAAAUAUAAAAAUUUCGAACUAUGAUUUUAAAUUCGAGGAUCUUAAAUCAUCUAAGAAAUAGAUCUUUGUUACCAGCGACAAGUGUUUAUAUCCAGUACUAUCUUAAACCAUUUAAGCAAUACUCAUCUUAUAAAGAACAGUAUAUUAAACAAAAUAGAGUCAAAUAUAGUUCUUAUACAAAAUAUGCAACAUAUAUUACUGUUGCCACAUCUAUAUUAGGUUUACAUUAUUACAUAUUUUAUAAAAAAGCUCAAGCUUUGGAUAAGAAACCUACUUUAUGCGGAGAGUUUAGAGCAGAUUUAAAGACAUACAAUCUAGAAGAAGUAGGCAAACAUGAUAAUAAACAAAAUCGGAUUUGGGUAACAUUUAAACAAGGAGUAUAUGACAUAACAGAUUUUAUUGAAAAACAUCCAGGUGGUCCUUCUAAAAUAAUAAUGGCAGCUGGCAGUUCAAUCGAACCAUUUUGGGUCAUUUUUGCUAACCAUAAUACAGAAGAAAUAUAUGAGCUCCUUGAAUCAAUGAGAAUUGGAAACAUAUCUAAGGAUGAUGCAGCCUCUAAUGCAAUUAAUGAAAAUGAUCCAUAUUCAAAAGAACCCAUAAGACACAAAGUUUUAAAGAUAAAUGGACAGAAACCCUUUUGUGCUGAACCACCACCCUCUUUAUUGAUAGAAAGUUUCAUUACACCAAUGGAAACAUUUUAUGUAAGAAAUCAUCUUCCUGUUCCUGAAAUAGACUUGAAGACUUAUAGUUUAGAAUUAGCUAUAGAAGAAGUAAUAAAAAAGACUCUCAAAUUUGAAGACAUAAAGAAAUAUCCCAAGUAUACGAUAACAAGCGCUAUAAUGUGCGGAGGAAAUAGAAGAUCAGAAAUGGCACAAGAAAGACAAUUGAGAGGACUUAGUUGGGGCGUAGGUGCUGUUGGUAAUGCUACAUGGACUGGUACAAGGCUAUGUGAUGUAUUGAAAGAUUUAGGAAUUAAUGAGGAUAAUUACAACCAUAUACAGUUUGAAGGGUAUGACUUAGAUCCUUCUGGUACACCAUAUGGUGCAAGUAUACCCAUUAGCAAAGCUAUGGAUCCUAGAGCAGAUAUAAUUUUAGCUUAUGAAAUGAAUGGGCAACCAAUACCAAGAGAUCAUGGUUUUCCUGUUAGAGUAAUUGUGCCAGGUGUUGUGGGCGCUAGGAAUGUAAAAUGGCUUGCCAGAAUAAUUGUUUCGAAAGUUGAAAGCCCAUCACAAUGGCAACAAGGUGACUAUAAAGGUUUCUCUCCCAGUACUGAUUGGGAUAAUGUAGAUUUUUCUAAGGCGCCUGCUAUACAGGAAAUGCCUGUGAUUUCUGCAAUUUGCAAACCAGAACAUGCAGAAACAAUCAAAGUGGUAAAUGGAAAGAUAAAUGUGAAGGGAUAUGCUUGGUCAGGAGGGGGCCGAAAAAUCAUCCGGGUUGACAUAACAAAUAACCAAGGUAAAACUUGGUAUACGGCUGAUUUAAAUGCGGAAGAUAAGAACGCUAAAGAAGGUCGAUAUUGGAGCUGGACAUUGUGGAGUAUAGAUCUCCCUGUUAAAGAGGGAAGUAAAGAAAUAGAAAUUUGGGCAAAAGCUGUAGAUGCGUCAUAUAAUGUCCAACCGGAAAGUUUCAAAAAUAUCUGGAAUUUACGAGGUUUUCUUUGUAAUGCAUAUCACAGAGUUAAAGUUAAAUUAGAAUACUAGAGUUACUUAGAGAACUUAUAAUAACAACUCAAUACAGUAAAAGUUUUUGUACUUAGUGAGAAAUAAAUAACAAUUUCUUUUCACUACAGAACAUGUGUUUGUAAUAAAUGUGCUUUUUACAAUAGUAUAA